AUGGAUUCUGUCGAGAUUUCCGCCACGGUCUACCUGUGGACAGACUCCACCAUAGUGCUGGACUGGCUCGCCGCAACACCGUCAUCGUGGAAGACGUUUGUGGCAAAUCGCGUGGCUGAAAUCCAGGAACUCACCACACACGCGGUCUGGAGUCACGUUCCGUCAAAGGACAAUCCGGCCGACCUCAUCUCUCGCGGUAUGACCCUCGACGAGCUCACAGCGCACUCCCUUUGGUGGCACGGACCAGCCGGGCUUGAUGCACUGGACAUUCCGUGGCCAGUCAAGUAUGCAACGUCUAAAUCCACCAGCCUCGAAGCCCGCAAGAUAGUCGCCCUUGCUACCGUCGAAGAUGACCCGUCUCUGGAUCUGGUUCUCCGCUACUCAAGUCUCCGUUCAUUGCUUCGGAUCGGCGCCAUCAUUCGUCGGUUCUGUGAGAACUGCCUCCGCCACAAGAACCAGCAGGAACGUGUUGCUCUGCAUGAGCAUUUCGAGAAGGAACUGCGCCAACUGUCCUCGACUGGGAAGGUAGACCGAAAAUCCAAACUUCGGUUCCUGACUCCACAGUUGGUGGAUGGUGUGAUCCGCCUCGGCGGCCGGUUGCACAACGCUUCCAUACCAAACGACGAGAAGUGUCCUAUCCUUUUACCGGCCAAGCAUCGUUUAACCGACCUCAUUGUGACGAGAGAGCACCAGAAGACACUCCACGCAGGUCCUGGGUUGCUGCUAUCGUCCCUCCGCCAGAAGUACUGGCCUCUUGGCGGCCGGAAUCUGGUUCGAAAGAUCGUCCACCGGUGCAUGACGUGCGCCCGCGCUCGACCAAAUCCGCUCGAGCAGCUGAUGGGCCAACUUCCUUCGGUGCGAGUCACUCAGGCGUACCCUUUCGAAAACGUCGGCAUCGAUCUCGCCGGCCCGCUCUACGUGCGCCCGUUCACCAGAAGCCGCAACUCCCCACUAUCCAAAGUGUACAUUGUCGUGUACGUCUGCCUGGUGACAAAGGCAGUUCACCUCGAACUAGUUGCGACCUCACCACCGAAGCAUUCUUCGCGAGCCUCCGGCGUUUCACCAGCCGGAGAGGUAAGCCAACGCACAUCUACUGCGACAACGCCACCAAUUUCGUUGGUGCUACAAGGUGCUCCGCAAGUUGUUCCUAUCCCAACAACACAAAAAUUCCGUAGAACGCAAUUGUGGGGAUGA